AUGAGAUAAAUUCAUUAACUAACUCUUUAUUACUCCACUCACAGCAUUGAUAAAUUAAGUUCUUUAAAAUAUUAGAAUUAAGAUCACUAGUAUUCAAUAUACUAUUUACAAAAUAUUGAAUUUAAUUUGAAUUUUGUAAAAUUUAAUUCAUUAUUUUCAAGCUUAAAACAAAAAUUUCAACAUUCUAAAAUUUAACUUAAUUAAAUGGCUUUUCACAAGAUGCCCAUAUAAUUUAUUUCAAAUGAAAGCAUUCUAUUAUUUAUUCUUCUUAAGAAUCUAAUAAAUCACUGGCUAAGAGAAAUAUUUCUAAAAUUAUUUGUAUUGUUUCUUCCUCCUUAGAAUUAUUUUCAUUUAAAUUAUUACUUUUGUUAUCUAUUAAUUCGGAUAGAGUUUCAAAAAUGUUGUAAUUUUGAAUGA